GCCAGGUGGGCCAAACCAUCACGGGACCUGACGGCGCUACAAUGAGCAACAACUUGACGGGCCGCUUGACAAAGGAACUUGCGGACAUCGAAGCCGCGGGAACAUUCAAGAAGGAGCGCGUGAUCACGUCGGCGCAGGGACCUACGAUCACUGUCGCCGCGCAGCCCGUGCUGAACUUUUGCGCGAACAAUUACUUGGGCCUGGCCAACCACCCCGAAGUCGUCGAAGCUGCCAAAGCAACGUUGGACUCGCAUGGAUUUGGUCUCAGUUCGGUGCGAUUCAUCUGCGGGACGCAAGACAUCCAUAAAGAAUUGGAGCGCAAGAUUUCCGAGUUCCACGGGACCGACGACACGAUCUUGUUUCCGUCGUGCUUUGACGCGAACGCGGGUUUGUUUGAAGCGAUCUUGAACAACGAGGACGCCGUCAUCUCGGACGAGCUCAACCACGCAUCCAUCAUUGACGGCAUCCGUCUAUGCAAGGCCGAGCGCCAUCGCUUCAAGCACAUGGACUUAGCGGAUCUCGAAGAAAAGCUCCAGGCGACACAACAUUGCCGUACGCGCCUCAUCGCAACCGACGGCGCAUUCAGCAUGGACGGCGAUGUCGCACCACUCAAAGGCAUUUGCGAUCUUGCGGACAAGUACAACGCGCAAGUAUUCAUCGACGAGUGCCACGCGACGGGCUUCUUUGGACCUACCGGUCGUGGGAGCGACGAAUACUGCGGCGUCCGUGGCCGCAUCGAUAUCAUCAACUCGACGUUGGGCAAGGCGUUGGGUGGCGGAACUGGCGGCUACACGACGGGUCGCCAAGCCGUCAUCGAUAUCCUUCGUCAACGAGCUCGGCCGUAUUUGUUUUCGAACUCGGUUGCCCCGGCUGUUGUCGGCGCAUCGCUCAAAGUCUUUGAGCUGCUGACUCGAACGUCCGAAUAUGUUGAUACGAUUCGCCGCAACACCCAUCAAUUUCGCGACGCCAUGACGAAGGCGGGAUUCACCUUGACUGGUCAACGGUGUGCACUAUGAGCCAGCUCGUGCAGGGUGCUCAUGCUUGUGAUGGGAUUUGUAGGGAUCAUCCGAUUGUGGCCGUCAUGGUGGGCGACGCCCGUCUUGCGUCCGUCUUGGCCGACGAGAUGCUCAAGCACGGAAUCUACGUCAUUGGAUUCAGUUUCCCGGUCGUGCCCAAGGGAAAAGCCCGCAUUCGCGUCCAGAUUUCGGCCGCACACACCACGGACGACGUCAACUGCUGCGUGGAAGCGUUCAUUGCAUCGGCUAGAGCUCUGAACCUUCUUCCUUGAGAGGCGCAGAGAUCAUUUUGUCCAAUUAACGGUGUUUCCACGUUUUGAGCCAAUUACUGUUGUUCAAAAGACGACAAUUAGUGUCGUUGAUGCAUAUUUUUAGCCAA